GGAGGCGGGGGGACAAGUGUUCUCUUUCGCGGCGCCUUCUUGUUGUCGGGUGCCUUCGCUCGGUGUCCUGCCGUCACGCUCAACGCCGCCAUGAAGACCGUCCGGCUUCUGUGUCCGCUCUUCUGCCUGCUUUUAUUAGGCCGGGCUUGGGCCGCCGAGGAGGCAGACUUUGAGGAAGAGGAGGGCGUGCUCGUCUUGAAGGCGGCAAACUUCGAGCGGGCGCUGGAGAAAUUCCCGCAUAUCCUGGUGGAGUUCUAUGCACCCUGGUGUGGUCACUGUAAAGCUCUGGCACCUGAGUAUGCAAAGGCAGCAGCUACACUGAAAUCUGAGAACUCAGAAAUUAGGCUGGCUAAGGUGGAUGCCACAGAAGAGUCUGAACUUGCCCAACAGUUUGGUAUUCGAGGAUAUCCUACUAUCAAAUUCUUCAAGAAUGGAGAUAAAUCUUCCCCCAAAGAGUACACAGCUGGCAGGGAAGCAGCUGACAUUUUGAACUGGUUGAAGAAACGCACAGGCCCAGCAGCCACUACCCUGUCAGAUGUAGCUGCUGCCGAGGAUCUAGUGGAAUCCAAUGAAGUUGCUGUGAUUGGGUUCUUUAAGGAUGCAGAAUCUGAUGUUGCCAAGCAAUUCUUGUUGGCAGCAGAGUCCAUUGAUGACAUUCCUUUUGGGAUCGCUUCCAGUAGUGAUGUCUUUGCCAAGUACCAGCUCAGCAAAGAUGGAGUUGCCCUUUUCAAGAAGUUUGAUGAAGGCCGUAACAACUUUGAUGGGGAGAUAACAAAAGAGAAUCUGUUGAACUUCAUCAAAUCAAACCAGCUGCCCUUGGUGAUAGAGUUCACUGAACAGACGGCACCCAAAAUCUUUGGAGGAGAGAUCAAGACCCACAUUCUGUUGUUCUUGCCGAAAAGUGUUACAGACUACCAAGGAAAACUGGAUAACUUUAAAAAAGCAGCAGAGAGCUUCAAAGGAAAGAUCUUGUUCAUCUUCAUAGACAGUGACCACAGUGACAACCAGAGAAUCUUGGAGUUCUUUGGCCUCAAGAAGGAAGAAUGCCCUGCCAUCCGUCUCAUUACUCUAGAAGAAGAAAUGACCAAAUACAAACCAGAGUCAGAUGAGCUGACUCCAGAGAACAUAAAGGAUUUCUGCAACAAAUUCUUGGAGGGCAAGGUUAAGCCCCAUCUGAUGAGCCAAGAGAUUCCUGACGACUGGGACAAACAAUCUGUCAAAAUUCUAGUUGGGAAGAACUUUGAGGAUGUGGCUUUUGAUGAGACUAAGAAUGUCUUUGUGGAAUUCUAUGCUCCCUGGUGUGGCCACUGCAAACAAUUGGCUCCUAUCUGGGAUAAACUAGGAGAGACUUAUAAGGAUCAUGAAAAUGUUGUUAUUGCCAAGAUGGACUCUACAGCCAAUGAAGUUGAAGCAGUGAAAGUGCACAGCUUCCCUACCCUCAAGUUUUUCCCUGCAGGUCCUGACAGAACGGUUGUAGACUACAAUGGUGAGAGGACGUUGGAAGGCUUUAAGAAGUUCCUGGAGAGUGGUGGAAAAGAUGGUGGUGUAGAUGAAGAUGAUCUGGAAGAUCUAGAAGAUCUGGAGACAGACGCUGAAGGGGAGGAGGAGGAAGAGGAAGAUGCUACAAUUAAAAAAGAUGAACUGUAGAGAGGAGUCCAGUCUGCAUAUCCCCAGGCACUAUACUUGGGCUGCCUAACUCAUGCAGUCAAGCCAAGUCCAGAAACCAAUUCUGACCUGAAGACUCAAGCUGGCUGAAGGGUACAGGGCAUGGACUAAAAUAAUACUUAAUCCUAACCUGUCUGUCAGCUGAUUCUUCUUUUGUUUUUUUCUGCUUCCGAAGAGGGACCUGCCUAGGUAGCCGCCACCACCCCUUUCCAAAUAUACAUACUGUGAUGUACAUUUUCAUUUCCUAGAGUGUUCUGUGAUCUGGGUAGAGAAGCUGACUGAAACAGCAGCAUGCCCCAUGGCCUGUCUUUGGGCCUCACUGCUAGCGCCUCCUUCAAGCUUUAGUCACAAUUGUCCGAAUGUCUUCGGCUGCUGUUGGCCCACCUGGGUCUUGGUUGCUGUUUUGGCUCUUCUCGUUUUUGGGCCACUCCAGCAUGGAAGCAAUCACAGUGGUGUCAAUGGAAAGGAAAAUGGAUGAGCAGGGUGGGGUGGGAGGGUCCCCUUAACUCACGGCAUAGUCUUGCUUCCCUUUAUGCUGAACAGCACAUGCCGCUCUUCCAAAGAUCAGGAGAGGAUCUGAGACUGGCACUGAACAAAGAGGAUCCUGCCCUUCCCUCGCCUGAGGCAAACCCUUAACUGGUGUCCCCACCCUGACCCAGAACAAAUGUCAGACUGGCACACUACACAUUGCUUUGUGGAAGGAUUUCCCCGGUUACUCACAGAGCUGUUUGGAAAACAGCCUGCCAGAAUGCAACAACAAAAGGGACUCUCAGUCACUUGUGGUUUUUGUUCUUUCAUGGGGGUAAUUGAGAGCCAAGGAUUGCUAAUGGGAGGGGGAAAUGUGCGUUUCAGCAGAACUGGGAAUAGCUUUGAGCAUCCAUGAUGCUAACAAGAAUGGGACUCUUUGGCCAAAUAAAAAUGGAUUUUAAUACUACCCUG